AUGAGCGCCUCGCUACACGGUAUUUUCCCUCCAUUCUCUGGAACAUUACAAACUCUCGCAUCGAACCCAACUGAUGCUCUGCUGGAUUUGCUACUCACCCUCUUCCUUUUCACGCACAACCUACUCUCAUAUCUCCCACCCUCACCACCCAAACGACUAUCGCCAUUCAUCAAUCUAGCUGAGCAAACCAUAAUGCGUGUCAUUAUUCGCGAGGACCCUCACGCGGCCUCGGUGUAUAUCGCCGAUUACAUCGUCAGUCGCAUCAAAACGUUCAAGCCAACCGCAACCCAGCCCUUCGUACUAGGUCUGCCCACCGGCAGCAGCCCCGAGAUCAUCUACAAGAUUCUGGUACAGCGCCAUCGGGCCGGCGAGAUUUCGUUCAAAAAUGUCGUCACUUUCAACAUGGAUGAAUACGUGGGUUUGCCGCGCGAUCACCCUGAAUCGUACCACAGUUUCAUGUACAAGCACUUCUUCUCCCACGUGGACAUCCCUCCACAAAAUAUCAACAUCCUCGAUGGCAAUGCGCCCGACCUAGCCGCAGAAUGUGCCUCCUUUGAAGCUCGCAUCGCCCGCUACGGGGGCAUCGAGCUCUUCCUCGGAGGCGUAGGGCCCGAUGGCCACAUCGCGUUCAACGAGCCCGGCUCUUCACUCGCCAGUCGUACUCGCGUCAAGACCCUCGCCUACGACACCAUCCUGGCCAACUCACGCUUCUUCGACCACGACGUCACCAAGGUCCCUCGGUUGGCCAUGACGGUGGGCAUUCAGACCAUCAUGGAUGCGCGCGAAGUCGUGAUCGUCGCGACGGGGGCGCAUAAGGCCUUUGCCGUGCAAAAGGGACUCGAGGAUGGCGUGAACCACAUGUGGACCCUCUCUGCACUGCAAUUGCAUCCCCAUCCCCUCAUCGUGUGUGAUCGGGAUGCCACACUCGAGUUAAAGGUCAAGACAGUGCGGUACUUUGAAUCGAUCGAGCAGUCCGGAACCGAUGCCCGCACUCAGGGCCCUCCCUUGGUGUACCGACCGCGCACAUACGUUCCUGCGCCCAUCCCUACGAAAAAGGCGCCGCUGCGCACAGCGCCGACGCCGGACCGCACACCCGUCAAGGUGCCCAAAGAUCUCCGAAUUAAUACCGACUUCAACCGGAGCAUGGACGAGGAUGAAUUGACUCCAGAUAGCAUGUCCUCACGAAUGGUAGAUUCGGCAGUUGGAGGGCUGGACGAGACGUUGAAGAAUGAUCUGAUCUUUGAUCGGAUGGGGGCUCGUGUGACGCCGUUGUAG